AUGCGAGCAAAAUAUUGCAAGAUUUACAAAGGAACGUCGUUCUAUGUGGCUUCGAAGAAUUCGUCAGACAUUGAUGAUUCUAAAUGCACGUAUUUACGAGUGUGUAGCCUUCAUUUUGUUACUGGAAAACCAUCAGCUUUAACGGACCAAACUAAUCCAGACUGGGCUCCAUCUCAAAACCUUGGACAUACAUAUGUCGAAAAAGUUGAUGUCGAUCGCUAUGCUCGUAUUUCGGAAAGAAAUGAAAAACGAAAAAGAAGUGAAUCCAUUGAAACAGUACUGUCAGCAGUGACUCAAUCGACCUUGACAACCCAUCUUGUAGACGAAGAACACGGAGCCACAUCUGCUUCAUUGUCAGAAUCAGAAUCAAACAACAAAUAUUCACAAACGGAACUGAGUUUGGAUAAAAUAACUGCAAUGAAGAUCGAGAUCAAUCGCUUGACCCAAGAAAAUCUUGAGUUAAAAAACAAGAUAAGUGACAUGACGAUUGAUGAGAAAUCCUUCUUAAAUGAUGACGAAAAAGUCCUCUUUUACACUGGUCUGCCAAGUUGGAAGAUCUUGUCAGCAACACUGGAACUGGUACGCCCCUACCUUAUGCAUUCUCCCAAAUGCUCUUUGUCACCAUUUAGGGAGUUGCUUUUAACAGUUAUGAAACUGCGACUUAAUUUAACUGGUGAAGAUUUAGCUUAUCGAUUUGGAAACAUCAACAAGGGAACUGUAUUAAGAAUUUUCUUACAAGUAAUUGAUGUUCUUUAUAAUCAUUUAAGCCCUCUUAUUUUAUGGCCUGAUAGGGAAGCUUUAAGAAAGACCUUGCCCGUGGAUUUUAGAAAACACUGCCCUAAAUGUGUUGCCAUCAUUGACUUCUUUGAGAUUUUUUUGGAUCGUGCAUUAAAUCUUCUUGCAAGGGCACAAACUUACUCAUCCUACAAGCACCACAACAUGAUUAAGUACUUAAUUGCCAUCAGUCCCCAGGGUACAAUAAGCUUUAUUUCCAGUGGCUAG